UCCUGAAUGGGAGAUGUGAAUAGUGGGUAGACAGAGAGAGUAAUUGUUUAUUCUUGGAUUUUAGAAGUUCUUUUGACUGAAACCGACAACAGAUGGGUUACAUUUUGCAGGGAUUUUGAGUUUGUGGUCAGGGAAAGCGAAUAGGUCACUGCAGAUUGUCAGUAUCCGUUUAUUUCCAAGCAUGGAGUACGGUGUACUUCAAGUGCAGCCGGGCUCUACAGCCGUGGUUAAUGCAAAUGUAGCAGAGCUCCAGUGCUUCAGACCCACCAACGGGGACGAUUCCGUUUUCCAGGAAAUAGAUUUUGUUGUGGGUGAGAACGGCCAAGUGCUCUCGUUGCGUGAAGGGAUUGUAAAUAAUAAUGAAGCACAGAAGUCACUUUUUCAGGAUUCUGAAGUCUCUGUUACAGGUGUUAUAAAUAAUAAUGAAGCACAGAAGGCACUGUUUCAGGAUCCUGAAGUCUCUGUCACAGGGAUUGUAAAUGAUGCACAGACCACCCCAUUUCAGGGUGUUGACGUCUCUGUUGCAGGGAUCGUAAAUAUUAAUGAAGUGCAGGUGGAUCCUGAAGCCACUGUUGCAGGUGCAUCUGUAUGUGACAUCUGUGGCAAGUCCUACAAGUAUUUCCGCAGUUUUUUCAAGCACAGAGAAUAUUGCAAAGCAGGUAUAUCAGGAAAGGGAGAAAAUUCUGCUUUACCCAGUCCAGAAGUUGACAUUCAGAUGCAAGGUAUACCCAAUAGGGGAGAAAAUCCUACCUUACCAAGUCGAGAAGUUGACAUUCAUAUGAAAGGUAUACCCAAUAGGGGAGAAAAUCCUACCUUACCAAGUCGAGAAGUUGACAUUCAUAUGAAAGGUAUACCCAAUAGGGGAGAAAAUCCUACCUUACCAAGUCGAGAAGUUGAUGUUCAUGUGAAAGGUACACCCAGUAGAGGAGGAAACCAUGCCUUACCCAGUUCAGAUAUUGAUGUUCAAGUAAAAGCAACAGAUGAAUUUUCAACUUCAGCACUUUCCAAGAUGGAUACUUCUGAUAUCCAGGCAUCAGGCAGAAUUGCAAUAAGGCAAGGAAUAUUUGUAAGAGGAUGCAAUAAGGCACACUUCAUGCCCAAGAUAAGCAGUGAAGAAGAGCAGAUUGGCAUCUCAUCUCCCGUAUCAGCUGAGACACAAAAUGUCUGUCGUGGUUCCUCUCUGGAGAUAUCUGUUAAUGAAACUCCAUCUACCCCCAAAGUAAACUACUGCACUUCGCUUCAUAGCUUCCAUCAGUAUGGAAAUGAAAAUCCUCUCACAGAAAAUACAGUUUGUGAUGUGUGUGGAAAAAAAUACAAGUAUGUGAGGAACUUGUGGACACACAGAAGAAAACAUGACGAUACAGGACCACCUGAAGAAAUUGAAGCCAUAGAGCAGAUGCCUAUAACACCAGAAGUUGAGCAUCGACAUCCACAUUGUAUCCAGCAGGCAAAUAGAGGCAACACCAGUGACAGUGCUACAGGUUUCCAGUCUGUUACAGUAAAAUCAGAACCUCCAAAUCUGCGUUAUAUGGAAAACGCCAAUCUGAACUGCUUCCCAUUCCGGGCAGAUAAAGGCAACGCUAGUAAUAUUGCUGUGGGUUUUCCAUCUUUUACUAUAAAAUCAGAACCUCCUAGCUUUAAUUGUAUGGAAGCUGCCAAUCUGACUUGGACACCAAAUCAGUCUCGAGUCAUGUCAACACCUGAUGCUACUGUUGAAGGGCAGAUUAGGAGACAGUGGCCUGAGUCAUCUCCAGUCUUCACCACUCCUAAUGGGCCUAAUGUUAUGCCGUUACUGUUUAAUGAACAAAUUAAAAGCACGGAUCUAGAGAGGAUUCCAGGAAAGCAAGACACUCCAUGCAAAAUUUAUGGAACUACCUUUGGUGAAAGAAAAUGCUCAUUGGUUGACGAUCGUUCUGCAUAUUUUAAGCUUAUGCCAUUCAAGUGUCUCUUUUGUCCCCAAGGAUUUCGCCACGCCACAGAGAUGAGAAAACAUAUCCAUAAAUGUCACGGAGGAAAAGAAGACACUCUGUGCCAAAUUUGUGGAACUAAGUUUGCUCGGCGAAAUGGCUUGCUGGAUCAUAUUCAGUUUGUACAUUACAAGCACAGACCAUUCAAAUGUCAGUUUUGUCCCCAGGGAUACUGCCGACCAUCAGAAUUGAGAAGACAUAUUCAGAAAAGUCAUGGAGCAGAAGUGAUGCAGAAUGUGGUAAGGAGCGAUUCUUUUGAAUCCAUGGUGGAAGAUAAAAGUACAGCUGAAAAGGUACAGAUUUUGCCAGAAAAUGACAUCCUUAAAACAGAGAAGAAAGCAAGGAUUGUUGUUCAGUGCUCUUUAUGUGCAACAACCUUCACUCGGAGAACUAGUCUGCGGAAGCACAUACAGUUUGUUCAUCAGAGGUACAGGCCACAUCGAUGUACGUUUUGUAACCAAGGAUUCUGCAAACCUUCAGAAAUGAAUAAACACGUUCUGCGACGACAUUCAGCACCGUUACCAACUCAGAAAUCACCUUGCAAUGUUCAGAAUGUGGUACAGAAUAGUACUCCAGUAGAAAGCAUUUCUGGCAUGCAGAAUUUAGGAACAGUUACAGAAAAUGUAUCUUAUGCUGAUCUUGUACAGAACAGAACAGAAAAUGAGCAUGAGUUUAUCACAGCAGCUGCUCUGCAACCUCUAGGAACAGUUCAUGAAAAAGUACUGUAUGAUCAUCUUUUGCAGAAUACAACAGGAGGCAAUUCCCAGUUAAAUGCAGCAGCAACUCAACAAUCCUUUGGAACAGUUGCCGAAAACAUAUCUUAUGUUGCUCUUAUUCAAAGCCCAGCAGGACAUAAACAUGAUCUGGAGACAGCAGCAGGUCCGCACUGUUUUGAACCAGUUAAUCAAAAACUUUAUUAUGGCCAUCUUAUACAGACUCCUUCAGGAAGUUAUGCUGAAUUAAACACAGCAGCAGGUCCGCAAUCCUUAGGUAAUGAAAAAAUGUUUUAUGGCCAUCUUAUACAGAAUACAACUGGAAAUUAUGCUGAAUUGAACACCGCAAGUAACCAACAGUCCUUAGGAAUGCUGGCUGAAAAAGCGUCUUAUGUUGAUCAUGUUCAGAAUAGAAUAGAAAAUGAACAGGAAUUAAACAGAGUAAUCAAUUUGGAGUCCUUUGGAGUAGUUAAUGAAAAAGUGCAUUAUGAUCACCUCAUCCAAAACACAAAAGGAAAUGAUCCUAAAGUGACCAAAGCACCUUCAGCGAAUCAUUUAGCUGAAAUGGGUUUCACUCAAGAGUCAUCACCAGCUUUGAAUUCUAAGUCUGAUGUAGAGAUGGUUUCUCCCUCAGGAACAGUCAGUGAAAACGUAUCUUAUAACCAUGUUUUCCAGAAUACAGUGGAAAGAGAGGUGCAGUUGAAUGUAGCUCCUGCUGUGCAGCCUUUUGGACCGGUUGCUGAAAAGGCAUCCUAUGACCAUCUUACCCAGAGUAAAACAGCUUGCGAUUCCAAGGAGCAAACGGUAUCUACUCCAUCUUUUGAAUUGAACCAUUUCCCAUGCAAGAACUGCAAGCAGAUGUUUUCAAGUCAUAUUUUGCUCAGGAGACAUCAAGCAAAACAUCAUUACAUAAGAAGGAAGAAAAUGUUUUGUCUCUUGUGUGGUGCAAGAUUCUUGCGUUCAAAAGAUUUGGAUAAACACCUUGUGGGAAGUCACUCUCCGAACUUCAAGUAUAAAUGUAAAUUCUGUGCACAAGGCUUUCAGCAGUCUCGUGCAUUACUGAAGCACAUCAUUAUGGCUCACUGUGAUCUGCGUAAUGUUCUGUGCCAUAUAUGCAAAAGAAAAUUCGGAACGGCUUCCAGGCUUCAAGAACAUGUUAUAAAGCUUCAUUCUAAAGGACAUGUGCAGACAUGAUUAAGCCUUCAAUAAUGGUAUAAUUUCAGGGCUGAAACUGUUUGUUUUAUUAAGCUUCUCCUUCAAAACAUCAAGAAGUCUGAUAUGCCAGUUGCAUAUAUUGAUCAACAGUCGGUAACACAAGCAAUAUUCCAGUGUACUUCUGUUGGGGGAAGGCCAAAUGCAACCAGGGUUCACAGCACAGAUACAUGUGAAACUACAGAUGGCUAUUCUGUGACAGAGAGCAACUUUACCAGAUAAGAAGAAGCAAGAUGAAAAAUUACAAGAACAAACUUGAAAGGCAAGCAAACACCUCUGUUUGGAUUUGAGAUAAGCUGUUACCAAAUUCAGAUGUGUAUCUUGCAUCUGUCAUUUUUACACUGAAUGUUACUUUUAUUUGUUCUCUGAUUGCUGCUUACCAUCUCACAUCAGACAUUAUGUAGCCUCACACUAAAUCUGCCAGAAAAAAAAAUGAUACACUUAGUGUAGCUGUUGCUAUUCCUGGACUUUAUUUCAACUAUUCUGGGUGUAAACUAUUACUAUCUUCUGAGGAAAUCUGCUAGUAGAAUAGAGUUUGUCCUUGGCACCACAGCAAAUUUUUACCCAUGUUGGUUUCUUUGUCUCUGAGGAAGUGUGAUCUUAGAUGGUCAAUCUGACACUGAUACUUAAAAAAAAAAAAAAAAAAAAAUGCACAGUAAUCCGUGGAGCCUCGUUUUAAAAUGUGUAUGUCAUGAAACAUUUUCCUGGCCUGCACCUAACAAGGAGAAGACAAAACUGAAUAACAAAAAUAAAAAAUCAAGCUGCUAGCACGUACUAUUACAAGAACAUAAUAAUGAAUGUUAGAUUAGACUAGCAAACACACACACAGGUUAAUUGGAAAAAGUUCACUCAGGACAAAGGUUGAUUUAAGUUUUAUCCUCCUUGAAACAAGCAUACUGUACUGUAGACACCUAGCACUUGACAUCAAUAUAUUAAAUGCAACUGGUCUGUGAAUGAGCUCAUAUCUGCCAUGAAUGUGACCAGUGUCCAGAAGGCAUUUAUUUGAUGCAGCCUUGUGCUGUAACUUGGAGAGCAUCAAAGAGCAUUACAGGCAGAUCUCUACCUCUCGUGUAAUUAUAGAUUUUGCAUGUGUAUGUGUGUGUGUGUGUCUGGAUAUUUUGUAACAAAGACUAGAAUUAUUUUCAAGACCUUUCAAACAAAGAUGGACAGUUUUCAAUUUUCCAUAGCUGAGCAGUUUCAGGACAAAGGCAGCAGGUGAUACAACAAAAGACAAAAAAAAAAAAACUCUUACAGUGCCAAGUAAUUUGUGCCCUAUUCCAUAAAGGGCAUUAGAAUUAAUCAUAUCUGUGGGACGUGUUCAAGAUGUUGCUUAAAUAAAUAGCUGACGAACCAUUUAAAGUUUGUUGAGUGUGAAAGUUAGUGGACUGGAGUUUAUUUAGCAGAUAAUAGCUACUCCAUUAUUCCAUAGGAAGGUAAAGUAUUUGGUCUAAAGUUUGAGAAGGACAACUCCUUAAAUUUUUUCUCAGAGCUGAAUUGUCCCAUUGUGAUGCAGCUUCUCAGUUAGGUCUCCACGCAAGUCGUGUACAUUGUAAGCAGGUUUGACUGGUAGUUGUAUAUCUUGGUGUUGCAUAGGUUGCUAGCCCUCCUCUUAUUGACAUAUGAUUUUCACAAGUUAAGUGGAUCACAGAGAGCUGUCACUGCUGAUUGCAGUUCUGUUGGCCAUACCCCCCUUCUGUUUGUUAGUGUUAUCAUUGAAGCUGAGUUGUGAAUGACCCUAGCCCAAGGGUCAGAGCCCUUCUGACCUGCCAGUUACUCAGCCUGGCUGCUGGUGUUCAGUACUGCAAUUUCCACCAGAGCCAACAGGAGUCAUAUGCCCUGCCCCACCUCCACUACCCCGCAAGUAGGAAAUAUGAGCAGGUAUGUGCCUCAGUUAUCCCCCACUACCGUCAGCUACAGCAGAUGGUAACUGAUCUUAAGCUAUUUUUCUGUAGUCCGUUUUAUCUCGGUAUGCCACAGAGCGUAGGAAUUGUUACUGAGGCUUUCAAACAUAGAUGCCCCAAAUUUGGUACAUGCAAGCAUUUCAUCUAAUUUUACGUGCUUAAAACAUAUUGGUCACUUUCUGUGCAAAGCCUCAAAGUUUUUUUAUAGCCUUCUUAAGACAUAUAAUUUCAAGAUAUACAAUUUUUGAUUUGUUUUUUUACAUUUUAUUUUGUUGAGAAGGACAACUCGUGAAAUUUUUCUCAGAGCUGAAAACUCCUGCUAUGACAUCAUAAACGAUUGGACCCAAAAUGUCUUACUAACCAAGUUAAUAUAUAGGCUACUGUAUUUCCAUGUUAAAUGCAUCAGUAAGAAUUUCAUACUUCCUAGAGAGAGAGGCUAUGAGGUGGUAGUUGCAGAUGAAAGAGCAUACAUUGACAAUUAAUGUAUGUGACAAUGUAGCAGUGAAACCAACUACCCACCCGGCUGUGUAAAUAUUGACUCGAGAUGAUUUUCACUGUUGAUGUUUCACCCCAACCCCCUGUGCAAAAAUUGGUUGUGGUUGGAUGGAUGUAGUAGCAAAACCACAAUGUAAGAAAGAAGCUACCUAUUUAAGGUAGUAAUUUGUUUUAUCUUUCCAAACUGCUUUGAAUAUGUAUGUAAAUCAUUGCCCAGUAUCUACAGUGGCAUCAUUUGUGGGUGUGAUUAUAGGGAAGAACUGAGUAAACAAUGAAAUUGAAAAUGUCAGACAACACACUGCAGUCUUCAUUUUUGGAAAAUCACUUGGAACUUUAACAUGAGGAGUAUACCUAGAAAUUAACUGUAAAACAAAGAUGUUUUGAAAUAUGAGCAGUGUACAAGUUUUGUACGUGAACUUUUUUUUUCACUUUGCAGAUAUAAUCCUUCACACAUUGUGGAGGUUCAAACUAUCACAUGGUAGUCCAGGGAAAGGUGGGCUAUACGCACCUCUUUUAUUCAGGUGACCUGCUGGUAAGGUAGUAAAUUUAUCUGUGAACAUUCUUUAGCAGCUAUCCUAUCU